UAGGAUCACAUACAAGAGGUUCUUAAUAAGUGGGACCAAAUUGACGACGAAAUCUGGGCUAAAGUCAUUUGUAUGGAGAGAAAUAGGAGAGUAGCCAAAGCCUAUGCCCGAGUUCCUGUCCUAACAGUUAACGGAUCGGAUGACGGAUUUGAUGGUUAUAGAAUUGGUCUCUGUGGAUUCGAUAAUCCAAUGAGGGAUUCGAAGACCGAAGAAGUAAAACGACACAUUGGAAAUGGGGUUAAAUUCAAGAUGGACGACAGUGGCAACAUCAUGAUGAAACGCGUCUGCAAAUGUAAUGUUUAUGUUAAGGAGAUCGGUAAAGAAGAAACGUCAGUAUCUUCUGACGUCAUCAAGAAUAACGGCCAAUUGGAAGCAGAGAAAUCAACAAAGUUAUUUGAUAUGAAAAAGUUCCAACAGAAUGUAAGCAGAGAACUCAGAAGAGGUUAUCCUGACCGGAGAAAGUUAGAAAGCCAGUGUAUAUCUGCAGUGAGCUUUGUUAAAGAUUCUACUGACCUAUUAGAAUGUCCUUGUUGGGUGAUGAUAAUAAACAUUGUUGCCCUGGAUAUGCUCAAGUCCAAGCUGCCACUAAUCCCUAAGAAACAAAGUGUCCCCAGCUUAACAAGUAUAUUUGAUCGUCCUCGACUUCCUGUUCCCGAAGAGGACCCGUACAGUGUACCUCAUCCAGGAACUUCCUCGCGUUCUUCAAGCACUCCACGUGAAUCACGUGAUAAACCUCCGAAAUUACCGCCACGUGACUUAUCACACAUUUCUGUGCCUAAGCCCGAUUAUGAUGACGAGAAAAAAGAAGAAAAUUUCAGUCUUCCACCUGUAAAGUCGUCCAGUCGAAGCAAAAAGUCAGGACAUCACGACGAUCCCUACUACUGUGGACUACGUGCUCGCGUUCCCAACUUUGCCAAGCGUGACCAUGAACUCGUCAAGAAAACCCAUAGCGCUAGUUACCUUGGUCUUCUACGAUCUCAAGAACGGUCAUCGUAUGCAACAACGCAUGGUUCUGAUGGACUCGUUUCUAGCGAAGAGGAAUACAACCGUGUUUACAGUAGGCUUCGAACGCCAUCUUACCAUCACUAUCCUCCGCGAAAAACGUACGUUGGAGAGUGGGAGUGAUUUGUUUUAAUUGGACAAUUAGAACAAUUAAAAAUAUGUAUACUUGCGCCCAAUGGGAUUUAACUAGGAUUAUUUUUUUUCAACAAAUGCCAUGAUAUCUCAGUUAUUGUUCUGUGGAUCCCAUCGUACUGUUGUGACAGUUCGGAAUUACUGAAGUUAUUGUUCUGUGCAUCCCAUCGUACUGUUGUGACAGUUCGGAAUUACUGAAUAAUCAGAGAGGUUGAAUGACUACUGUAUGAAGGAGUUGUGACCAACUUCUUAACAUGAUGUUCUAAGAUAAUAUGUUCUAUGUUCUAAGAUAGUAUGUUCUAAGAUAGUAUGGUCUAUGUUCUAAGAUAGUAUGUUCUAAGAUAGUAUGGUCUAUGUUCUAAGAUAGUAUGUUCUAUGUUCUAAGAUAGUAUGGUCUAUGUUCUAAGAUAGUAUGUUCUAUGUUCUAAGAUAGUAUGGUCUAUGUUCUAAGAUAGUAUGUUCUAUGUUCUAAGAUAGUAUGUUCUAUGUUAGUAUUUUCGUAGUCAAAGCCAUGCUCUUCUUCUAUAUUCACACACCAGGACUCUUUUAAUCAUCCCUUUUACACCAGGGUUCCUUCACUCAAUUCUUUUACACCAGGGUUCCUUCACUCAAUCCUUUUAUUCCAGGGUUCCUUCACUCAAUCCUUUUAUUCCAGGAUUCCUUCACUCAAUCCUUUUAUUCCAAGGUUUCUUCAAUCAUUCCUUUUAUAUCAGGGUUCCUUCACUCAACCCUUUUACACCAGGGUUCCUUCAAUCAUUCCUUUUAUACCAGGGUUCCUUCACUCAAUCCUUUUAUACCAAGGUUCCUUCACUCAAUCCUUUUAUUCCAGGGUUCCUUCAAUCAUUCCUUUUAUAUCAGGGUUCCUUCACUCAACCCUUUUACACCAGGGUUCCUUCACUCAAUCCUUUUAUUCCAGGGUUCCUUCAAUCAUUCCUUUUACCUCAGGGUUCCUUCAUUCAAUCCUUUUAUAUCAGGGUUCCUACACUCAAGCCUUUUAUUCC